AUGAGAUUAUUCUCACUGCUUUAUAUAAUCUUGUUAAUCAAGCUAGUCAGGUCUACAAAAAAGAAGAUUACCUUUCACCUGUUGGAACCAGACAUCUUUCAGGUAACACUUGAUGUUCGUGAAGACUCCGGACUAGAGAUCAAGAAGUACACUCCAAGGAAGGGAUUUCGUAUAAACAAGGUUAAAGAUGGAGAUAAAGACCUAUGGAAGUCCCGAUGGAUCCAUAAGGAUGGGUGUAAAAGCAUACAGUUUCACUCCAAGGGCGAGACAAGACUCGUUGCUUUGUGGGUUGUCAAUAAUAAUGACACCCUAGAUAUUAAGCGUUUUAACAAGGUCGGUGAUAAGUGGGAGAAGAUCGAACUGGAAGGCUUUAAUCAAAAGAUUCGGGAAGCAAAAAGUCAAGAGGCAGGAUCAAAUGAAGGUACUAGGCCCACUCCUGUGGCUGAUUACAAAUCCAAGGUUGAUUCUACCCUGUUUGAUGUGAGAGAGUCCACUAUUGAUGGUCCAUUCUAUUUGACUUGCACGCCAAAACCAAACACUGUAGUUACAAAACUUGUUUAUGGAGGUAAUACCAUAUGGGAUGGAGGGAAAAAGGCGCUUUUCCUAUCAGCUUUAAUCUACCUUGAUGAAUAUAAACCAAGACUGGCAACAUUGAGCAAGAAAGAAAAUGGAAAGGAUCAGACUAUCUUCCUACAUGAGGAUGGUGGCAGCUGGAAAGAGGACAAGGCUAUACAUACAAGGAAGCUUACUAUAUUGAAAGAAACGUAUGGAAAGACUAGACCAAAGAAGAAGACUAUUUGGAGAGAGACCACUAGUGAGUUAACUCAAGAACUUUCUUCUUUACAUACGACUAGUGAGGAACCUAAGGGAGUCUCUCCACAAGUCCCUAAGGCUCCUACUACUCCUAAGCAAACAACACCCGUUCCUCUUAAUCUUUCCAAUCCAGACAAAUCCAAGGUGGUUGUAUAUGAUCAAUAUAGUAAUGAAAUAAAGACCAAGAAAUACUCUCCAAGGGACAAUUAUCAUAUUUCCUCUGUUAUGGAGGGAGAAGUAGAAGUCUGGAAGGUAGAUGAUCCAAACACAAAGUGUAGAAUUGUAAGGGGGUAUGCUAAGGAUGGUAUAGAAAUUCUUUAUCUACAUAUUGACUGUAACGGCAGCCCAAACUCUAAACACUUUGAAAAGAAGAAUGGAGCAUGGCAUGAAAUGGAUAUAAACACUUAUGAUAAAAAACUAAAAGAGAUUAGGGGAGAGCCUGAAGAGCCAGAAGAACCUGUAAGUCCUUUCCUAGAUAAGGUAGAUACCUCUCUAUUUGAUCUUGAGGAAUCCCUUGAAGGUGACGUCCCAGUUCUUAAACUAACAGCCAAGGAUGAAACCCAUGAGCUCACUUAUGGAGGUGAAGUACUAUGGGAAGAUAAGAAAAAAUUGUGCUCUUCUGCUGUCCUGUAUCUCGAUGGAGAGAAGCCUACUCUUGCAGUUGUUGAUUUCAAGGAUAAGAAAAAGGUGGUAAAAGUAUACCUACAUCAUGAUGGUAAGCAGUGGAAGAAGGGUAACGAGAGGGACCAUAAUAGUAAGCUGACUACUCUAAAGGAGAAAUGUAAGCCUGUCAUUACUCCUACUCCGUCUCCUGGAAAUACUACUAAACCAGUUACUUCCCAAGCAAACGCCCCUAAACCAACCACUCCAUUCAAACUGGAUAUCACUAACCCUGACAGAACUAAAAUAACCAUUAAUGACAUCAACAAUACUGGAUUACCAUGCAGAGAAUAUGUUGCACAGGGUGGUUACCAUAUAUCCUCAGUUUUAGACGGAAAGAUUAAUCUUUGGAUUGCACCUAAAGGAGAAAUAUGCAUAGCAGUUAAAUCCUUUAUACAAGACGCAGUCACGAUCAUUGCCAUAUUUAUAAAGGAUGGUGAUACAAAGAGGCGUAAAUGCAUUGAGAAAGCUGGUGGACGGUGGAAAGAUAUUGAUGGUCAAACAUUUGAAGAAAAACUAAAAGCAAUCAGGGAAGAACGAGUUGCUGGAAAUGAGGGUGCAGGGAAUGAUGGUUCACCCUUUACCCUAUUACCUCCUGAACAAAUUACAUCUAAACAGAACGCUGAAAACCACACCGAGAAUAUGGUCAAUGCGUAUGCAUCUGAGAUUUUAGGUGCCCCCGCAAAGAAGCCAAAGGUUGUUCCGAGAGCUGAGAGUGCAAAUGAAGGUAUUGCUACCGACGAACCUGAGAAUGUAACGGAAGAUACAGAACCUCAAGUUCAAUCUAAAUCUACGAAUUGCACUUUAGAUCUUUCAAAACCUGACGAGGAUGAAAUAUCUGUAAAGGAAAAUAAGAAUUAUGGAGGUGGAGUAACACAAAAGGACUUUUCUCCAAAGGAAGGUUUCAAGAUAGACUACAUUCUUAAUAAUGGGACACCAGUUAUUAAGCUUUCAGAAGGCGAGGAAUUUAGGUCUAUACGUUUGUAUUCCAAGAGAAGUUCCCAUAUACUAAUGCUUACCAUAAAUAAGGGUCAAACUCCUGAGCACCAAUAUUAUGAGAAGAUAGCUGGAGACUGGUAUAAGCUCAAGGAUAAAAGUGAGUUUAAUGUGAGACUCAAUGCAAUGAAAGGUUCUGGAUAA